ACCAGACAGUGCCACAGCAGCAGGCUGCGGACUCGUCUCCAACCCUCACGAUCAAACCAUCACCCCCUCACAACUAUCCCAUACACCUCUCCGCAACCGCUCACCGCAAACUUCCCGCCUACCAAAACUACGAUGGCCGAUAUCAUAGGAUACCGAGAGCAAAUCCUAGCAAACUGCAAGAUCCUCUACCCAGACAAGAAGUUGAUUCUUGCUACUACGUGGACAAUGGUCAGACAUCACCACGGAUGGACGGCAUAUCUCAUCGAGGAAGGAUCAGCAUCCGUAUUUCAGGAGAAAUCUCUGGCCGUGCCCCCGCUCCAAGGAGGCACAACCGUUACUCUCGCAAGCCUGUUGAACAGGACCGAACAACUGCUUGCUACUGAGCACCAGGAGAGUCUACAGAUUUCACAGAUGAUCGACGAGGCGAUCGUAGACAACUACGAGGAGCUCACGUAUGAUAUCGAUGAUGAAGAUGUGAAGGCCGAAGUGCAUGCGCAGCUACAGAAACGUGAAGAAGCAAGGGUGUUGAAGGAGAGGGCAGAUCGCAAGAAGGAGAUACAAGACAAGGCGAAGGCGCUUGUGCGGAUGCUGGGAGGCGAGGAUAACGGUGCGCAGACAAUCAGAACGGUAGCCGACGAAGACCGUGCCGAGAGUGCUAUGCCGGCAGAUGCUGAGACAAGGGUCGACAGUGAGCACGAGGAGUUGGCACCAACAUCGGAGAUGGAAUUAGAGAGCUUCGCGAGUUCGAUGCAGCAUCCUCCAAGCGACGGAUCGGCUCCCGGGCAACCACAGCUUACCACACCUGAUGAGAUGGUGGUAUCCGCGGCCGUAGGGCCAUACGCCGCAAAGCUCCUGAGAGGGAUAGAGGUCAUUGAGAAGCUGAGAGCGGAGAACGCAGAAUGCAACGCCGAGCGCAGCAUGCUGAGGACCAAGAUUGAAUCCCUGGAAUUGCAAGCCACGCAACGGGAGCAAGAUGGUGAGGCUCAACGGGAGCACGAGAAUGAGACCGAACGUGAACGGGAACUGGAAUGCGAAUCCUGGGCCAGAGCAGUGUCUCAGCUACAAACGAGGAAUGAUCGCCUCGUCGAAGCAUUAGCCAGAGCCAACACACGGACUUUAAUCGCGCAAGCUUGGAAGGACAAGUUCGAAGCUGCGUUAAAAUCAUGGCAACGAUAUUUUGAGAUACGUUCCCUCAGGAUUGACAUCUCCGGAUCUGAGCGAGCACAAUGUGCUUCUGCUGCCGAUUCCAUUCAGGAUGUGCUUUCCCCCGAAUUCGAUACGGCUGCUCCAAGUUCCGCCAGUUCGGACACUGAGGGUGCACACACACCUUCGACUGAAACCACAGUCUCGCCAUGGUAGACGACGUGUGUAAGUAAUUUCUUUCUUUUGUUCGUCGUUUCUUUCCCACAUAUCGUCAUCAGAGCUAAAGAAUCUGGUUGGUAUGUUCUAGACUCGUGCAGAGGGGUCGGUCCAAUGGAUUUCUCUACAUCUCGUAUGUUACAUAUUAACUACGAUCUUAGUGUUUUGGAGCAUUUCAUAAGUAACGAUGACCUGUCUUGGUUUUUGUCCGUUAUCCUCCAAUGCUUCUUUCUUUG